AGAAAGAGUGAGAGAAAGAGAUAUGAGUGAAUGUAGAAGGAGAGUGCGAUAAAGCGAAACAAAUAAACAUACAAAAAAUAAUAGAGGAGAGAUAUACAUAAAUACAACGAAGAAGAAGAAGGAAGGAAAUAGAUAGAAAGUUAUAAUUAGAGAAAGAGAAAGAAGAAAAUUAAGUAGAAGUCGGCUGAAGUCAAUCUGUUGCCUUGUCACACAUAGUGACACUCACGCUAGAGUUCACUUAACCGGAGACCGUGAAAGUUAUAUUUCCUUGUGACUUGAACCAUGGACAACAACGGGAUGAAAGACAUCUCCAAGACUGCCAUUUCCACCAACGAAGACAGAAACAAAACUUCACAGACAAUCUCCGACGCAGCCAAUGCAACAGCAUUGCUGGCAUUAAUGGAGAAGACCGGCUUCAGUAUGAUGCAGGAAAAUGGUCAAAGGAAAUUCGGUCCUCCACCCGGCUGGACCGGCCCUCCUCCGUCUCGGGGCUGUGAAGUUUUCAUUGGUAAAAUUCCUCGGGACUGUUUUGAAGACGAACUGGUCCCAGUUUUCCAGAAAAUCGGUUGCAUCUACGAGUUCCGUCUCAUGAUGGAUUUCAGUGGAUUCAACCGGGGGUUCGCCUUCGUCAUGUACACAGACAAAUCCAACGCUCGCACGGCCAUCAAAGAACUCAAUAACUUCCAGAUUCGAAAGGGCCGUUUCUUGGGAGUGUGCGCCAGUGUGGACAACUGCCGGCUGUUUGUAGGCGGUAUCCCUAAAAUGAAACAGAAAGAGGAGAUCCUCAACGAAAUGAGGAAAAUCACCGAUGGUGUAGCUGAUGUUAUAGUUUAUCCAAGCGUGCAUGACAAGAGCAAGAACAGAGGAUUCGCUUUCGUGGAGUACGAGAGUCAUCGGGCGGCGGCUAUGGCUCGAAGGAAGCUGAUCCCUGGUCGUAUUCAGCUGUGGGGCCAAAAUAUUGCUGUAGACUGGGCAGAACCGGAGCAAGAUGUGGACGAGGAAAUAAUGGCUACAGUGAAAAUACUCUAUGCUAGAAAUUUGAUGAUGAGCACAUCGGAAGAUACAAUACGAAAAGUUUUUACAGAGGUUACGAAAAAAGAUGAUGUCAUUGAAAGAGUAAAAAAAAUUCGAGAUUUUGCCUUUGUACACUUUAAAAGCAGAGAAGAUGCUGUAUUAGCACAAAACAAACUCAAUGGUACCCUCUUAGAAAAUUCGAAAAUAGAAGUUGUUUUUGCCAAACCAGUAGAAAAGUCAGACCGAAUCAAAAGAAUGAACUAUUCACAGUUGUGCCUUCCUGAUGAUGUUGGAAGUCGAGCUGACUCAUUGUCUGAACCAGAUAGCGAUGAGAACUCAUACGGAGGUUUAGAAUUAUGCCAGCCAUUAUCAGCUCCAACUAAUAGGUAAGAAAGAAAAUUAAUAA